AUGUUUACUCGAUCGGUCAUUAGCCGGUCCACUGCGUCGCGGCACGCCUUCAUGGACAUCACAAUUGGCAGGCAGGAUCCGCAGCGUGUGUCUUUCGAACUCUUUAUGAAGAAGUGCCCAGUUGCCUCAGAGAACUUCCUGAAGUUAUGCACCGGUGAAAAUGUGCUGCCGCGGGUGUCCAGCAUCGAUGGGAUCGGUGAGCCAUCCUUUCGAUACCAGUUUCUGCCGCAGCUGACGUACCGAAACACGACGGUGCACCGCGUCUGCAAAGGCUAUCUUGUGCAAGGCGGUGAUAUCGUCUCUGGUCAAGGCACGGGUCAGCUUUCCAUCUACGGUGAAUUCUUCGACGCGCCGGAAGAAGUGAAAGCGUCCAAGUUUGAUCGAAUGGGUCUCUUAGGCACCGCUGUGAGUGCACCACACUUGAAUGGGUCGCAGUUUUUUAUCCUGACGGCGGACAAGGCGCCGCACCUCAACGGCACGUGCAUCUGCUUCGGCCGUGUCGUGGACGGAUGGGCCGUGGUGAAGGCCAUCGAGGCCAUCCCGCUAACGGUCACUGGCGAGCCAGUGGAGCGGGUUGUAGUGGUUGACUGCGGGAAGCUCUAA